AUGGAACUAGAGAAUGAUACACAAAUUUCAGAAUUUCUUCUUCUGGGAUUUACUGAGGAACCAGAAUUGCAGCCCUUCCUCUUUGGGCUGUUCCUGUCCAUGUACCUGGUCACCAUAUUUGGGAAUCUGCUCAUCAUCCUGGCCGUCAGCUCUGACUCCCAGCUCCACACCCCCAUGUACUUCUUCCUGGCCAACCUGUCCUUUGCAGACAUCUGUUUCACAUCCACCACCAUCCCCAAGAUGCUGGUGAACAUCCAGACACAGAGAAAAGUCAUAACUUACAACAGCUGCAUCAUGCAGAUAUACUUUUUCACACUUUUUAUAGGUUUGGACAACUUCCUCCUGACUGUGAUGGCUUAUGACCGCUUUGUAGCCAUCUGUCACCCCCUGCACUACACGGUCAUCAUGAACUCCCGGUUCUGUAGACUGCUGGUUCUCAUGUCCUGGAUCCUGAGUGCCCUGCAUUCCUUGUUAGAAAACUUAAUGGUGUUGCGGCUGUCCUUCUGUACAGUCUUGGAAAUCCCCCACUUUUUCUGUGAACUCAAUCAGAUAAUACAACUUGCCUGUUCUGACACCUUUCUUAAUGACGUGGUGAUGUAUUUUGCAACUGUGCUGCUUGUUGGUUCUCCCCUGGCUGGGAUCCUUUACUCUUAUUUUAAGAUAGUUUCCACCAUACGUGGGAUCUCAUCAGCUGAAGGGAAGUACAAAGCAUUUUCCACCUGUGUAUCUCACCUCUCCAUUGUCUCCUUAUUUUAUUGUACAGGCCUAGUAGUGUACCUUAGCUCUGCUGCUACCCAGAGUUCCCACUCAAGUGCAGUGGCCUCAGUGAUGUACACGGUGGUCACACCCAUGCUGAACCCCUUUAUCUACAGUCUGAGGAACAGUUUGGACAACUUCCUCCUGACUGUGAUGGCUUAUGACCGCUUUGUAGCCAUCUGUCACCCCCUGCACUACACGGUCAUCAUGAACUCCCAGUUCUGUAGACUGCUGGUUCUCAUGUCCUGGAUCCUGAGUGCCCUGCAUUCCUUGUUAGAAAACUUAAUGGUGUUGCGGCUGUCCUUCUGUACAGUCUUGGAAAUCCCCCACUUUUUCUGUGAACUCAAUCAGAUAAUACAACUUGCCUGUCCUGACACCUUUCUUAAUGACGUGGUGAU